AAAUAUAUAACAAGAUGGUUCCAUGGUCUAGUGGUCAGGACAUUGGACUCUGAAUCCAGUAACCCGAGUUCAAGUCUCGGUGGAACCUUGUUUCUUUUGCAUUUUUUUUUUGCCGGCACCGGCCGUUCACCCACAAUCACAAUUCACACACCCAGUUUUAUUUACAAAGGCCAAAAACCCUCGCGCAUCAGUUAACUGAAUAACACAAUUCUUCAUUUUGUUUUUGCCGAUAUUCAUACACAGAGAGAGAGGGAUGGACGAAGAAUGCCUAAACGAAUCAAAACGGCGUAAAAUCGAAGAUACAGUUUUCCAAAUCCUCAGAUCAUCGGAUUUGGAAACAACCACAGAGCUCAGCGUCCGUGCCGCCGCCGCCGAACGCCUAGGCUUCGGCCUCUCCCAUUCGACCCAGCGCCGUCUCGUUCGGCAGCUCGUCGACUCCUUCCUGCUCUCCACUGCCGCCGCUAUACUCUGUCCCUCGUCGUUGCAUACGAAUAGCGCCGUCACUAAUAAUAAUGACGGCAACGCACUAAACCGUGGGAAACAGCAUCAACGGAGUGGUUCCGGGGUUGAUUCAGAAGGGAACUACGAUGGCAAAGCGAUUUGUAAGUUAUCAGAUAAGAGGAGGGUGACAGUUCGUGACGUAAAUGGGACAACUAUGGUCUCAAUCCGUGAUUUCAUCAUAAAAGAUGGAAAUAUGGUUCCUCAAAAAGGAAUGUGCUUGACGGCUGAACAGUGGUCAACCUUCCGGAAUAACUUUCCUUCUAUAGAGGAAGCCAUUGUCAAAAUGGAAUCACAGUUGAGGCGAAAAAAUGCUGUCCAUCCUUCGGAUAAUCUGAACCGAUUAUCCGAAGCAGUUGCAUUACAAAGCGAAGCAGAGAGAAUAAAUUCAGCGGGAGACUCUGCUCUUGAUAGAAGCCAAACCAGGGAUGGCAUUUCUAACUCGAAAGACACUUUUCAUUCUCCAAUUGAGAGGAACCAAUCUGAAAGUGAAGCUGAGAAAAAACAAACACAGGCCGGCAUUUCUACUCAAGGACAAUCACAUUGUUCGGUUAAUGCAAUUCACUCCGGACAACUAGUUCCCAUACAAACUGCUCGUCUAGAUGGAAGAAACUAUCAUUCAUGGAGGCAUCAAAUGGAAUUUUUCCUCCACCAAUUAAAGAUUGCCUACGUGCUCUCCGAGCCUUGCCCUAGUUUCGACGAAAAAGUCAAAGUCAAAGAUGCUCAUAGCAAGUGGAAAGACGAUGACUACCUAUGCCGCCACAGCAUUUUGAGUUCCCUCUGCGACAAUCUAUUUCAACUGCACUCGCAAAAGAGCUGCUCCGCCAGAGAAUUAUGGGAGGAACUCAAGUUAUUUUACGAAGAUUUCGGAACAACAAAGAGGUCUCAAAUCAACAAGUACAUUCACUUCGAAAUGGCUGACGGGGUAUCGAUUCUCCAGCAGGUCGAAGAGCUCCACAAGAUGGCAGAUUCUAUUAUAGCUUCCGGAAACUCCUGGAUAGACGAGGACUUUCACGUUAGUGUGAUAGUCUCGAAGCUCCCGCCUUCCUGGAAGGAGCUUCGUGUUAGGUUAAUGCAGGAGGAGUAUUUACCUAUCAAUGUUUUGAUGCAUCGUAUUCAGGUUGAAGAAGAGUCUCGUAAGUGGUGCUACAAUAAAGAGAGCAGCGCAUAUUACAAACAAGGGCGUUCGGUGGGUCCCACUGAUAGUAGACUUGGGAUGAGAAAAAGGGAAAAUAGGAGAUUUUGCCAUAGAUGUGGCAAAGAGGGACAUGUUAUCAAGAAUUGUCCAGAUAAGAAGUUCGAUGCCGGUGGAAAGAGCGGUGCGAAGGAAAACGAGGUUUUGUCGUCUCCUCCGCUUACAGACAAUAAAAUGGUUGAUGAAGGAAAUGCAAAGUAGAGCAUUGUGGUACUACAGGUUUGUCUGAAUCUCAUGCUUUUGCAAAUUUUGUGACCCUUUUUUUAUGCCUUUUUAAUUUUUGUCUGACUUAACAAGUUUCUUGUAAUUAUUUGAGACUUGAUAAGUGUAAUGUAGUUCAAGGAGUCUUAUAAACAAUUGGAUUAUAUCAAAGUAAUUGUUGUUUAAGGUUUUGCAAUUAUUUAAAAACUAAUAAAUAUGUUUAAUACUUUAAUUUUGAGGAAGGAUUUAUAAUAGGACUAAAUUACCCUUCCAACUAAUUUUAAUUUUUUAUUGAU